AUGAAAGCCAAUAAUAUAGAAGCUUUCGGAAUAUCUGUUGAAACAGCUCUCACUGCCAUGGUUGCACACCCGAAUUACAGAGGUCUCACCAUUGUACUUUCCUUUUCACCUUAUCAUUACGAGGGAGGAGAGUGGAACAUGGGAGGAUCAUGCACCGAGGAGGUCAAGCCAACUGUAGAUAGUGAAUUGGCCGAGAAUGGCAUCACCAACAUAAUGCACGAGAAACAGUCCAUUGGCUUCUCUCGAGCAAUCAAGAAGAAAACCAACAAGUUAGAGCUGAAACUCAUGGACAUCACACGAGUGUUUGGGUAUCGCCAUGAUGGACACCCAGGCCUCUAUCGAAGCCUGGACCCAAACAAAAUCACAAAACUAGGGCGGGAUGGUAAACCUCCACCGCAGGGCUGCCUGCACUGGUGCAUGCCAGGUCCAGUUAAUACAUGGAAUGAUAUGGUGUUUGAAAUUAUACGAAGGGAAUUCCAAGGGCCGCAAACUACUCCCUCAUGA